UCUUGCUUCCGGACAAGCGAAACACCUUUGCACGCUUUGAGGAUAACACUGUGCCACCGAUGCGGCCCACUACCAAGGUCUGUGGGCUCUCCGCGGCCGACAUGAGUAAGACAUUUAAGCGUGUUAACCCUCGCAGGCUGCCGGUCCAGGCAGCAUCCCUAGCCACGUCCUCAGAGCAUGCGCAGACCAGCUGGCUGGAGUGUUUCAGGACAUAUUAAAUCUUCCCCUAUCCCAGUCUGCUAUCCCCAUUGGCUUCACGAUGUCCACCAUUGUUCCUGUACCCAAGAAAGCAAAGAUCCACAGACUAUGUAAUCGCCAUUGCACUGCCCAUUGCUCUCUCCCAUGUGCACAAGAGGAAUACUUACAGGAGAAUGGGAAGAACCGCCUGCAGCAGGCCCAGGAUGAGGUGGAGGAGGUGAAGGUGAUCAUGCUAGAUAACCUCAACAAGGCUGCCGAGAGGUCAGGCAAGCUGGGAGAUCUUGAUAACAGGGCAGACGAACUUCUGGAGAAGAGUAAAGCUUUCUCAAAGUCUGCUCGGAAAGUGAAACAGCAGAAGUGGUGGGAACACAUGAAGAUGAAAGUGUUGCUGACUGGCGUAGGGGUCGUCAUGGCAGCCAUCAUCAUUGGGAUUAUUGUAUGGUCAGCAUCUGGACCUGACAACGGAGAGCAACCUGCUGCAGGGCAACCCACCUCAGGGCCUUAGGAUCCAAGAAUGUCUGUCAGAGCAAAAGACAUGGAAGAAAUGAAGAUGGAGGAUGGAGAUAGACACAGGGGCAGGCGAGACCUCUGAGGAAAUAAGGAGUCAGUCAAGACAGAAAUAGUGGCGGAAGAUAAAGAGUGAGGUUUUCUAGCCUGGUCCCAGAUCUGUUUGUGCUUUUGUCAAAUACAUUGCUGUCAUUGUCAAGCCAAACAUUUGGCAUGAUAAUGAGUGACAAGGAGUUGGCAUGAUGAUGGCACAAACAGACUGGCACUCAGGCUGUAGGUUUUCCACCUAAGCUCAAACUAGGUUUUGUGGGUUGACUUUUCUGAACUAUGCAAUCUGUGAUAUUGUUUGUUUUUAGAGGCAUUUCAGGCUCUGUGAUCCGUGUGUAGAUCGUUGAAUGAAAUGGUACCAUCACCAGCUCAGCUGCUUCCCCAUUCGGCAUCAUCUUCAACUGGCCUAGUUGGUCAGGCUCACUGGUUUCACAUUCAUACUCAGAAAUGCUUCAGCCUCACCAUAAGAUUUGGUAUAGGUGAAUGUUUUGUCAAUUCAAAUUAAACAUAUUGUGCCUUUGGAAUGUAAAAAAUCCCCAUUGGAUGAAUUGUGUGACCGUUUCAAAGUAUUCCAUUUAAGCUGUAAGGGGACAUCACAUAAUUAUAUUUUUCAUUAAAUGUUUUGAGUAAUUUCUUCUCAUAAUUUCAUUCUUUGUUUUUACAGUCCAAAGAAAAAAUGAAAAUGCACAUAAUUUUGAUAUGUACAUAAAAUGCGGUUAUGUUUGAGGCCAAUUUGGGCAAUGCAGUGUGAAUAUUUAUAUUUAAUUUUUCAUUCAUUGUCUUACAGGUAAUCAAUGUGUACAGUAUCAAAAAAACAGUGCUGAGAAAUCACAUAUCUUCAGUUGUCCAAUAUCUGUUUUUUGUAUUUUAUAUUUGUUACAGACUUCCCUUGCCCUUUUGUUGUUUACUCUUGACAUACUAGUAUUUGAAAUAUAUAUGUAAAACUGUAGUGCAUUGUAAAAUAAAAGGAAUUGACCAGA